CACGGCACAAGGGCAGGACCGCGUCCCGCAGCUGCCCGCACGCAGCUAGCUCGCCACCCAGACGUGACCACUUCCUAUUUGGUUAACAGACCAGAGAGACGCAUCUCGGGGCUCUGCUGCGGGGCUACACUCCACAGGCUCGGCGGGGAAGCUCGGACCGACUCGGGGGGCGAGAGGUCUCGGAGAGGCUGCGGACACCGCGGAGAAAAGUGACGGACGGAGCAGAGGCUGAUCACCGGGGAUCUCGCGUCGCAGCUCAUCGCACCAUCAGUUUAGGAUAUUUCAGGCAGCUGCUUUGGCCCAGCCGUGAUUUCUUCCCGGGUACCUCCACGCAUUAUUGCCUAGAUACAUAGCCCGUCACUAACAUUUACGCGAUACAAUUCACACACGGUCGCGUGCGGUGAGCGGGCGGACCACUUCAAACCCGCGCGCAACACCGGAGGCUCUGUGGAAUACUGCGUAUGUCUCCGGCCGCCCGGUCUCUGGGCUGACAGCUCUGCUCUGUGGGAAUAAGAGGAGCCCCCGGGACCCCUCGUCUUGUCGCGGAGGCUAAACGCCGAAGAGCCGACGCGCACUUAUCGGUGCGCAAUUCUCCUCCUCCGAGGACGCUCCUGAAAUUGGCCGACCUGCGCGUUCGCAUUCGGCGAACAAAACAAAAAAAAUUGCCAGCCGAGUCGACAGAAGGAAAAAGAAGAAAAGGCGAAGCUUAUUAACUUUGCCUGCCAGAAGCUAGAGUGUGGAAUCUAAUUGGCGGGGUCGCCGGUGUAUUCGCAUACCGUCGGAAGAGGAUAAAGUUAAUCUGCGUUUGACAUCGACGAAGCGGCUGCUGGAUCUUUGGCGAACAGAAUGAAUCCUUUUUGAAUCGGACCACAAGUACAAUCUGCAUGGAGUUCUAGCCUGCACCACGGAGCAAUUUAUGGUCGGCCGCAGAACUCCCCCGGCUGUAGUACCGUGCCCACCUCGCCAUGCUGGCCUGUCUGCAGAGGAGGCAAAACCCUCCACCCCAGCACCUGGUGUGUGCAAGCAAGACCCUGGAGCCACCGCAGGCGCUUGGACGGAAAUGUGAGCUUUUGGUGCCCACGCAUUCCCCACGCUACCCGACUGCGGCAGAACUUGAUGCCUUCGCUCAGAAGACGGCCAACAGCCCUCUGUCCAUCAAGAUCUUCCCCACCAACAUCAGGGUUCCCCAGCACAAGCACCUUAACCGGACUGUGAAUGGAUAUGACACCACAGGGCAACGUUAUAGUCCCUACCCACAUCUCCACACAGGGGGCCACCAGGGCCUGCUCGCCAUCAUCAAGGCCUCCUCCCCAUCAUUAUCAUCAACUUCCACUUUCAUCCCUUCAAAAGGUGUUCUCAAGAACUCUGAAGGCAGACGGACUAAACUCUCUCCAGCCCACAUAGCUAUUGCCCCAUAUCCACCCCCUAAUAAUAGCACUUUAGCCAGUGGCCACAGUCAAAUGGUAUACCACACUGGGCCCUCAAAGCCUCCGGAAGGCCCCAGACUGUCAGUUCCCCCAAAUGUCACUGUAGCUGGCUCAGUGAUUCCUGUAACAGGCGGCCGAGGUCUGACCCUGCCUACACAGUCCAACCUCCCCUCCAUUCAGAGCAUCAUCUACCAGAUCAACCAGCAUUGCCAGGCCCAGGCUCUGCAGCAGGUGUGUCAAGGGGCGGCCACUGCACCAUCAAAUUCCAGCCCCUCCAAGCAGGGAACAUCUGUCAUGGGGGUCUCUUCUAGCUCUUCAGGUGGAGGCUAUGUGGUAGGAAUGGGUCCCCAGACUAACAUGGUGUACACAGGGCCAGGGCUGCCGGCUCAAAAUACUGAGGCAAUGAAGACUGGUGUGUACGCAGACAGUAUGGACUAUAUCCUUUGGCAGAAGCAGCAACAACAACAGCAGCAACAGCAGCAGCAGCAGCAGCAACAGGCUGUGCUCCGCAUGUACAGUGGAGGAAGUGGAGGAGGAGGCGCCAUUAGCAAGUCCCCCGAAACUUGCGUUCCAGGGGGAGGGAUUAUGGCAACCCAAGUGUCCUCUUCUUCCAGACCUUAUCACCUGACAGCUAGUGCCAGCGGAGGAGGCGGGCUAGACAAAGUUAGCUCAUCCCCUUUGAACUGCAUGGGUAUGCAUGGAAAUUUCUCAGUGGGUCAAUACUUCGCCCCGCCAUGGAACAGUGUGCUGGUGACACCUGACAGUGACUGCUACAACCCCCAGGAGCUUUUGGGCACCUCUGCAGGAGGUCCUGCCACAGGGCACAGAGAGAUGGGCUACCCCCACCACCAUCACCACUACCACCACCCUCAUCAUCACCACCCUGCGAUAGACAGCGCAGGAGGUUUGUGUUGCAGCCUGCCCAGCAAGACCUUGUGCAACACAUCUGUGCUGAGCAGCAGUUUGCAGUCUCUGGAGUACCUGAUCAACGACAUCCACCCACCCUGCAUCAAGGAGCAGAUGCUUGGCAAAGGCUACGAGACUGUGUCUGUGCCACGUCUGUUAGACCACCAGCAUGCACACAUCCGCCUCCCUGUUUACAGAUAGAGGGGCAGAGGAAGAGGCAAAAAAAUCAAGAGUUGUGAAUUUGUGAAGAAAAUCUAAGUUAAAAAACCAAGAUGUUUUUUUGGGGGGGUUACAGAGUUGUUAUGAGUGGCACUGCUUUAACUAGCAUGGGAGCUUAGGCAAGGGCAGUUAUGCUGUGUGACCCGUGGUUUGGAGGUUUCAAGGCCGGCUGUGGGAAUCCCAAAUAUGAAAGGUGAUAGUGAUGACCAGUGGGAGAGUAAAGGGAUUUCAAGAUUCUCCAUAUGUUCCAUUGAGUGCUUUACCAAUAGGAAUUUUGGAUUGAUUCAUUAAUUUUCUUGUUUUUUUGUGUUUUGUUUUUGUUUUUUUCUUUACUUGCCUGAACAUUUUUGAUGAGAAUCAUAGCUUGACAUGAAGUGCAUACGCCACUUGUACCCCCUUCCAAAUACUAAGGAUGAAGCUACUGUGUAGGUUGUCACUGAAAUGGUCUAAAAAGGACCAAAGCUUAGGGCUGCUCUCAAAAUCCAAAACACUGUAACAGUGCACCCAUAAACAUACACAUAGACAUACAUAAACAUAAAUACAUACAUUUACUUAUAAGAAGAAUAAGAUUAUAGGGAGUACUUGGGUGUUAUGUACAAGGAUCAUAAGGAUGAAUUAAAAGUUUAGUUAAAUAUUAGUUAUUAUCGCUGUUAUAAUUGAUACAUAAAUUGCACUGCUUGAAUCUUGUUAACUUUGAAGUUUGGAAUUAGGUAGUUUGGAUAUGAUAUAUUUAAGAAACUUGAAAAACUUGAACCUAUUUUUUGUUGUUUUAUAUAUUUGUAGGUAUAUUAUAUGCAUUGGCUGCUAUGAGGAAAAGUGUCUCAAAUGCUUCUUUUUUUUUUUGAUUUUUUUUCUCCCCGGUUUUGUUUUUAUGAUUUAAUAAUUCCUCCUCAAGCUGAUGUGCAGUUUCUUAUGUCUUGGUGUGAGGCAUAGUCGCUGCAUUGGUUCUGUAAGAACCUGGUCGGAGAUUUCUUUUUUCCUAACCAACACUGGAAUCUACAAUAAAUCUUGAAAUACUUAUUUAAAAGGAAAAUGUCACAAAAACAUACAAAAAAAGGAAGUGUUACAAUGAAGAAUGUGAUUGGGGGGUUAUCCACAUAACCUUAUGUGUAUGUUAAUGCGUGUAUGUGGCUGAGUGCAUGCGCGUGUGUGCAUUUUGUUUUGUGUUCUUCAAAAUCCUCAGACUUUUUUAUUGAGUCAUUACAAGAUUACAAGAUCUGAUUCAUCAGUCCCAUGAACAUCCUCUCUGAGUAAUGUACAGGAGAUUUUUUUUGGAAAAUCUUGCUCCGUUUUAUUGGAGGCUUUAGAUAUUCCCCAGAAGUGGUAGAAAUCAAGUUCUCACAUGACUCUAGUUUAAGUACUGUAGCCCUUUCCUCUGUCGGUUGUUAUCAUAAUGACAGAGAGAGGCAGACACAAAUGAAAAUCCCAUGUCGGGGGUACUCUUCACCCCUGAUCCUGCAAACAAAUACAAAAUUAACACAAUCAUGCCCGGUCCUCUGGUGGCAGAUGAAAUGAGACGAUGCUCACUGCUUUUCCUUGUCCAUUUCAGCCCCAUGGUAGGGAUGCAUUUAGCCUGGGCCAGUCUUAACUUGAUGAUUCAGAGCAGUGAAAUAUUUAUAAUGACUGUGAGAUUCCCUUGAAUGUACUGCACUUAAAUUACUGCGAUGUUUCAUUGCCUUGUGGGACUCAAGUGAAAGAGAAAAAUUGGAUCAGUGCAGCAGUCCUCUGGUCUUAAAUUAGCAUUUCUUUUGUCAGUCAAAUUUCAAUGGUAAAUUGAAUUUAUUAACUGGAGAGAGAGAUAGAGAGCCGCCGCUUUGUUGUUGGGAAAUACUGGCAUCAGUCUAGAUUUAUGAAGUGCAAUUAUUAUGACUGUAUUAACAUUUUUUUCUCUGAGCUUACACCAAAAAAAUGUAAACUACAGUUGUCAAUACAUUCCCAAUGUACCACAUCCCUAAUCCCUCUUCUUUUUUUGUUUUUGUUUUGUUUUGAGGUGUAAAAUAAAUUCCUUUAAGAAUA